AAUGGACCAAAGGAGGAAGAUAAUAAUCACUGAUUGGCUGCUCGGCCCGUCGCUCGGAUGCUUAGGCCAGUUAGAGAUUGCUGCGCAGCCCCGCCUCCAUGACACUGCCAAGGGGCGGAACCAGAAGGCGAUUCCGCCCCUCCUGUUACGUUACCGCCCGCUAUUGGAUGUGCACACUGGGCCCCGCCCCAUUUGUGCGUCAAUCUGCGCAAGAGUCCCGCCCCUUCUGGCUCUGAGGGCAGCAGUGGGCCGCCUCUUCUAGCGCGGCUCCGCCCCAGGAUGGCGUCACGGCCGUGUCUGCAUGUGAGGCCCCGCCCCGCUCUUUGCAGGACGUCACCGCAGACUGCAGGGGCUCCAGCUGCUGCCGCGCAGCCCUACAUCCUCGCACGGGAGGCUCGUCACCGUCUCCGCCAAAAAAGUCGCCGUUGUUGUGGUCGUCACCGCAUCGGUGCAGGGCAAGAUGGCGUCAGCCACAGACUCUCGCUAUGGACAGAAGGAGUCCUCGGACCAGAAUUUUGACUACAUGUUCAAGAUCCUUAUCAUUGGUAACAGCAGCGUGGGCAAGACAUCAUUCCUCUUCCGCUAUGCAGACGACUCCUUCACACCCGCCUUUGUCAGCACUGUGGGCAUAGAUUUCAAGGUCAAGACUAUCUACCGCAAUGACAAGAGGAUCAAGCUGCAGAUCUGGGACACAGCAGGGCAAGAACGGUACCGAACCAUCACCACAGCCUACUAUCGGGGUGCCAUGGGCUUCAUCCUCAUGUAUGACAUCACCAACGAGGAGUCCUUCAACGCUGUGCAGGACUGGUCAACCCAGAUCAAGACCUACUCGUGGGAUAAUGCCCAGGUGCUGCUGGUGGGGAACAAGUGUGACAUGGAGGACGAGCGAGUGGUGUCGUCCGAACGCGGUCGGCAGCUGGCUGACCACCUGGGGUUUGAGUUCUUUGAGGCAAGUGCCAAGGACAACAUUAAUGUCAAGCAGACCUUUGAGCGCCUGGUGGACGUCAUCUGUGAGAAGAUGUCCGAGUCGCUGGACACGGCUGACCCUGCUGUCACAGGCGCCAAGCAGGGCCCACAGCUCACGGACCAGCAGGCGCCCCCACACCAG